AAUAUUCGAAAAAAAGUGGUGACCUCUUCUGCUGAACCAAUCAACUAUUUGACAUUUCUAGUAUUUCACAGCCGACUAGAUUUAAAAUUCUUCCCGGGUCAAAAAAAAAAAUAAACAAACCCCAUUCACCCUAUAAUUAUUCCGUUUUCACUCAUGUUUUGAUUUCUCGUUUUUUUAUGCUUUUAAUAAUUUAAUGUUAAAAUGGAAGAGUAUAACUUCCCAUACGUUAAUCCCGUACAAAACGAGGACCUCGCCAGAUUGGAAGUAAUGGAAGUUUCCCUCGAACGAAUGAACACCAUCGUCGAUGCAGUAGAAAACGUCUUGCGAAACAUCCAAAAACUGGCGGAGAAGUUCGACGGUUUUUUUAAUUCGUUCGUCGGUUUACCGGCAUUUCGACAAAACGAAAUAGGGAAUACUGCGCGUAAAAACGCUGAGAAAUUCCCCCAAUCGGAGCCAAACCAGCCCGUUUUACCAACAUCAGUGGCAGACAGUAUAGAAAUUCCAACUGUUAAAAGUUUAACAGAGAUAGCGGGCUUAAAAGAAGUUAAAUCUACCAUUUACACCAUGGUCAUAUUGCCCAAGGUGCAACCACAACUAUUUAAGAAUCGGAGAGCAAGUAACACAAUUUUACUCUAUGGCCCCCCUGGCACUGGAAAAACCAGAAUUGUUCAUGGCUUGGCUGCUGAAACUGGGGCUGUUCUUCAUACAAUGUCAGUAGGAAGUUUGUUAUCAAGUUUUGUGGGUGAGACAGAAAAGAACAUAAAGACUUUAUUCAAAUAUCUAAGUGAAGUUGAAAAGUUCUCCAUACUCUUUAUAGAUGAAAUCGAUAGCUUAUGUAGAAAGAGAACUUGCACUGAAAAUGAUUAUACGAGAAGAAUCAAAACCGAACUGAUGUGUCAACUGACCAAAAUGGCCGUGUGUCGAAAUAUUUUAAUAGUAGCGGCCACAAAUUGUCCCUGGGACCUCGACUCUGCGAUCCUGCGACGUUUUCACAAAAGGAUAUACGUCCCCCUGCCCGACGUUGAGGAUAGACUGGAACUCUUCCGAAUGUUAACUACAGAAAUAUCGAUCGGAUCUCAAACUGGCGAACAAUUUGUUGAGUUGGACUCCCUCUGCGAAGGAUUCUCCUGCUCGGACAUCGCGACUGUUAUUCAGGACGCCCUGGACAUCCCUCUGGCCGAGCUGCAAAGCAAUACGAUUUGGAACAAAACUGCCGAGGGGUUUUACCAUCCCGCCAGUGAAGCUUACUUUAAGAAUAUUGUUAUUGCGAAAUUAGAGGAGUUACCUAUGGGUUCGGUACUCGCGAGGGAAGUAACUUUAGCGGACUUCAUUGAAGCCGCGAGAAAAGUUCAGAGGACGGUUACUGUCGAAGAUGUUGCGAAAUACGAGGCGUUUAGGAAGGGAGGGGGGUAGGUCGUAAGUGGUAAAUGUCUUAAUUUAACUUGUCAUAUUUCAUUUAAGUUAUGAUUUAUAUCAAGUCAUGCAGAAAGCAAAACAUUAAAAAGGGAGAUAUAAGCAACCUUUUGUGCUUGCUCAACUCAAACUAUUUAAAUUUUAUUAAUAGAUAAAUAAAUUAUAUAUACUCUUAGUAGAUA